AUGGACACAACAUCGUCAUCAUCUAGUACAAAAACAACAACAACAAUAGCGACAACGUUGAGAACAGAUGGAACAACCAAGAAAACAAUUCCAAAAGUACCUGAAGUACUUCUCAAACGACGAAAACAUUUUGCUGAUUUGAAGGCAAAACGUUUACGAACACAAGUUCAAGCGAAAAAGAAUCAAAAAUAUAAACGUCUUUUAAUAUUCAAACGUGCUGAAAAAUAUGUUAGCGAAUAUCGUAAGAAAGAACGUGAUUUAAUUCGUUUGAAGCGUCUGGCAAAAACGAGAGGAAAUUAUCAUGUAGCUGGUGAACCAUCGUUGGCAUUUGUUAUGCGCAUUCGUGGUAUUCGAGGUGUACAUCCAAGAGUGAAAAAAGUUUUACGAUUAUUUCGUUUACGACAAAUAAACAAUGGCGUAUUUAUGAAAUUGAAUAAAGCUACUUUACAAAUGUUACGUAUUGCUGAACCGUAUAUAGCUUGGGGUUAUCCAAAUUUAAAAUCCGUACGAGAACUUAUUUAUAAACGUGGUUUUGGUAAAGUAAACAAAAUGCGUAUACCAUUAUCGAACAAUGAUGUUAUUGAAAAAUCACUCGGCAAACAUAAUAUUAUUUGUAUGGAAGAUUUGGUUCAUGAAGUUUUUACUGUUGGAGAAAGUUUCAAAAAAGCAACAAAUUUCUUAUGGCCAUUCAAAUUAAAUAAUCCAAAAGGUGGAUGGCGUAAAAAAGCCAAUCAUUUUGCUGACGGUGGUGAUUUUGGAAAUCGUGAAAAUUACAUCAAUCAAUUGUUAAGAAAGAUGGUUUAA